UAUCGUCACGGAAUAUUCAGGCACUCUUAGCAUCAUUGGUAAAGCUACUCAGCGAGCAGGCGAAAUACCCCCAGGAGACUCAGGACGUCCGAAUCAUUACGCUGGUAACAAGCGUGAUGGAUCGCAUGCGCAUCGGAGAUUUGGGCAUCGGCGAGAACGUCGGCAGUGAUCAGCAUUUGCAGGAGUACCUCGCGCAGGCCGCCUUUCUAAAGGGUCUUAUUGAAUGCUUACGAUUGCGCGAUCACGACAUGGUCCGUUAUCUGGUCCAUGAGAUGAUACCUAGAUAUUGGGUAGAGCCGGUCUCCGAGUAUCCAUUGGCAUUGGAUGAAGCGGUGCUCAUCUUUGGGCAGGCGGCGAGCGAGCUGGUCUUGAGCGCCCCCGUCGCCUACAUGGACGGAUCGGAAUCAACAAGGUCGCUUAUUCUCGAUCUGACAACGAUUCUUGAGGAAUAUCUUCCGCCAGCUGGACUGAGCGGGUUUGUCUCCGAUUAUGCAAUUGCGAUGCUCUUAAAAUUUGUCCUGAUGAUAUUCUCCAUCGAGUUCCCUGAGGAUCUGCAACACGAGAGAAUAUUCUCGGAGAACCUGGCAAUAUCAAAAGAUAUCCAAGAAGCAAGUCCUCGCGCUUCAGUAUCCACUGAACACGAACCAGAGAAUCUCUCAAGGACGCCCCCAAGAUCACCCCUCAGCCCCAAAGUCAGCGGGGAAUAUUUCCAGGCGCGCUCAAUGCCACCACAUGAUCCAAACCGCACAAUGGGCGAGCGUUCAAAUCCAUUACUACAGCGCGCGCGGUCUUACUUUGAUGCUCUUUGGGAAAACGGGCACCGAGAUAUCAUUACGCAGCAACUAAAGGCAGAGGUCGAAAACAUAUCAUUCCGGAGGCUGGUUAGCUUAUACCAUCGGGUUGUUCUUGGGUCCGUCAACGAGAUGAGCUCACCCAUACUAGCCGCGACGCUGAACACCUUUUUCAAUAAGCUUGUCGCUCAUCAGCCAGAACCGAGCGAGCGUUUGUCGAGGCUACUGCGGCAACUUUCUACAGUGCAUCGUGCAGCAUUCUACAAGCCCAUGAUCGCAUGCGUGGCUUCAGAUUCCACUCAGUUUGUCACGGAUUACCUGUGUGUCCUUUCCUGUUUGGAGAUACAUAUGGGCUUAGUAGAUCUCUAUAUGAGGGAUGCCGAUAUGUUAUCUGUCAUCGCCAUGACGGACGUUGGCCCUGAACGACCAAGGAACGAUCCUCACACUCAGACGCUGAAGUGGGGGUCUUGCACUGUUGGUCAAUGCGUCAUCGUCCUAGAAUUUAUCUAUGCAAUCAAGAGGCUCGCGAGGAGCGGGGACAAAUAUCAAGUCGAGGUCGGAAAAAUGUUUCUGAUCGACCUGGAGAGGAAGCUGGGCUUGUACCUUUUGUCUAAGGAAAAGAAAAUUCUUGUCCCCCGGCCUAUGCGCGUUUUGCAGUGUCGGAUUUUUUACGAGAUUCGUAUGCUGUGUAAAACUAUCCACAGACCCGGCUGGCUUCCACGGAUACUAGAUUGGGCCAUCAACUAUAAGGCGCCGGCAGGAGCAGGAAACGCGAAAGGUGGUCCUUAUGCCAUCCCAGAAACCAUGCGUCUGCGUAUCAAGCACAUCUAUAGCAGCGUGGACAGUUUAGUGGGCGAGCGAAAAGACCGAUAUACCGUCAAGGUCACGAAUACAACUAAUCACUCUAACGAGACGAACUCAAAUACGACUAAGGGACGCGAAAGCACCACAGAGCUAUCCAAAACCGCCAACGUGCCAGCCAAGAGCAAUGUUCUAUUGCAGCCGAAACGACUGAGCCGAAUGGGGGAUAUCAGGAUGGACGAAACAGUGGCGACUCUGAAGCUGCUCAUCACUGUCCAUUCAGCCAUCCAAGUCAGCGAGUACCUCAAACUUAUUGAACCACUGUGGAAUGUCUAUCUACUUGAGUCUCAUCCUAAAGUGGUGUCGUCCGCGGCGUUUUUGUUCGUCAAGUGCGCUGAUAUCGCGCCCAAAACGAUCUACUCUAUAAUCUCACGCGACUUGAGCAGUGAGGAUCCCUUCAAACGUCUGUCGACUGUGGAGAGGCUCAGUGCUAUUUUCGAACAUCGUAACGAGCUAUUGCUGCAGCCGUACGUCAUUGACCCUUCUGCACGAGGUCCAUUUCGCGCCAUAAACGUACAGGUCCCAUUCGUCUCCUCUGAAGUUGGCAGCAACCGGUACACGAUGGACGAGCCGCGAUGGCUAACGGAAUUGAAGAGCGUUGGCAAUUUUCCUGUCGACAUUCGAAACCGUUUCGAGGAACUUGGGUGGGGCGAAAGAGGUCGACUCGAGAAAGAGAUGAUGAGGCGUGCCCAGACGCCACUGAUGUUGUCAUGGACCGGCUAUCUAGACGAAGACUUUGAGAACAAGACAAACUUUGGGCGAACUCACACAGUGAUCCCUAAAGACAGACACGCUACUGUGCUGGUUCCAGUCCUCAACUCUCUCAACAUGGCGACUAUUGAUCUGCUGGACGACAGCACGGUUGGCGUCCGUUCAGCAGCCAUCGAUUUUCUUUCCAAUUAUAUCCGAAACGAGCCGGUUGUAUUUGUCCGAUGGCUGCUUGCGGAAAUUGUUCAGGCAAAACCGGAGCGACAAAAGGCCCUUAUCUCUCGACUCCAUCUGCUCCUCAGUUCAAGUUCUAAAUUGCCACCUGGUUUCUCUUUUGCGCUGUUCAAUCACCUUUUGGGCCUGCUCAAGUGGUAUCAGAGGAGCUCGAGGCCAUUAGGAAUGGAUAUGAUAGAGGCUGUUCUUCCCCUCCUGGCUGAUAUUGUGUCGUCCACCAAUGACAUUGUCUUCAAGGAUCUCAAGAGGAACAAAAUCGACGUCUUUUUUUCGAACCUGGGUCGUUUCUGGUUCAGAUCCAAUAUCACACCCGAGUCCAUGUUUCCUCACGGACUUUCGAAUACAGGCAACGUUCUAGCGCUGCUGGCCGUCCCUCGCCAGUUGUUCCAGAUGACAAUUAUCAACACCAACCAGAUCCAAUUCAUGACGAACUUUCUCGUCCGGUUUCCUCUGGAGGCUCCCGAUAUCAAGAACAGUAUUGGUCGAUUUAGCAGGAUGCCAAGACUCGAUGCGUCGGAAUCCGCCAUCAAUCCCAAGCUGGAGGAUAAUCAGUACCUUCCAGACGUGUUCAAGGUCAAGACGCGUUUUGUCACGGCCAUGUCACUUCAGGAUCGAGGCAUUCGUGGUCUAUCAUCUCUGCGCGCACGAGCCUGGCUGUGUUUCAUUCUCAAUCUGAUUCAGCGCAUGCAAAAGGAUGACGCCGAACGUUUAGAACUCAUGAAUAUCUUCAACGGCGUCAACGUGAUCUUGCUGGAGCAUGGUGAUGACCUGGGCAUUGUUGGGCAGGCACUGGAUAUCUAUAUCACGGCAGCAACUCGUCUCAGGCGUUUUUUCGCGCUGCAGAAUGGCUAUAUGCUAAUAUUUCCAGCUCUGUUUAAGAUCUAUUGCGAUUCUUCGACGAUACGCGUUGUGCAGGACACAAUCGACGCCGCUUUCUACCGGUUUUAUCUGCUUCAUCAAGAAGCGUUCGUUCUCCAGAGUCUGGGGGCGGUCGUGCCUCUGAUGCUACGCAACAUGUCCAGCCAACAAGCGGACAUUAUGGCAACAUGUCUAUUCGGGUUCUUGGAAGCGCUUCACCAGCCGACGACUACCUACCACUCGAAAGCCCUUGGAGUUCCAUCGCUAGCAGAGCCCUAUCAUGAAAGCAGCAGCUAUGGCGGACCUCAACUCGCAAUUCCAGACUGGAUGUCCCCUUUCAUUCCAAAGGACUCGAAACUUUUUCAAAGCAGCAACCUGCUUCACAAGCGGGAGUUUACCAUUGCUGAUUCAAUCAAGCUGUUUCUUGCAGUCAUUGCCUUCGAUCCUGGUUCCGUUCGAUCCGAGCAGUUUGUCCGCGUUCUAAGGCAAAUUAUGCCAUUCUUUCUGGAAAGAGAACCACAAUUGAUGACCAGUGGACUGGAUAGCCUUAUCGAGGCGAUUUCCAAAUUUGCCAGAUCCUCGAAACCGCUUUUGCCUCAAUCCUUUGUUCCCCCUCCUGUCGUUCCCAGGCAAACUCAAGACACUGAGGACGGCAAAUGUGAUGUCAGCCGGUUCGCGCUCUUCCCGAGUCCUCUGGCUAAGAACCAAGCUGUCAAGGGCAAAACCUGGGCCCAAAAUGAUCGUGUUGCAAUCAAACAUGAGUUUCUGUGUCUCAUCCAGUUGUUCUGCGAUCGUGGCGGUCAAUUGGCGGACAGUCAGCACCAGCAAAUGGCGGGCUUAGUACGGUCCAUCGUCAAAGAUUACACAUCGCUAAAGAUUCCAUGUACCAUGGAGUGGGUCAAGGAUUAUAUCCGUAGCGUUAUUCUUUCGGCGCACAGCCUGCAACAGGGAUGUCGUGCAAUGCUGUAUCUGGUGGUCCAGAUUGCGGGCUUUCUUCGAACGCACUACAAGUCGAUUGAUUUUUCUGGAUUUCUAGAUGGACUAUUGCUCGUUGCGGAGGACGACCGACGAUAUUUGCGAGGAUAUCCCGAGCUGGCCCAUGUAUUCCAUGAUAGGGUUGUCGGUCCAGGUCUUGCACUGGCUGCGAAAGGCCACUGGAUUACGGAUUCCGUGCAUGUCUCUCAGGCCAAAUUCUGCAGCAGCCUAGUGGAUUUGAUCCUUUCAAUGAUCAGUAACGCGGAUAUGGACACGAUCUCUGAACUCGAGCAAGCUACUCCAACACCUCGUUUCAUGGCAUACGUCAUUGUCCCAAUGUGCCUCCGCUUCAAAACUCGCUUUCAAUCUAACUGCAUGGACAUUUUGGAGAUGCAGUUUUGGUUAAGGAUGCUUGGUCUCACCGUUAAGGCUGCUGAGUACUACCCGGCCUUACGGAGAUCCUCCCGGACGACAGGGCUGUUUGCUCCGGUCCUCAAUGCUGCCAGGGUGGGCAGGAAGAGGUCAUCCUUCGACGUAUCCGGACCGAUGUCGCCACAGCAGCUCGCUCCUUCUGUCGGAUUGCCGCUCUCCGCCAGUGUCAUGUCCCAAACACCUGCUCAAUCUAGAAUCUCACCUCAUGCACACAAGGAUGACCAACCCGUGGACGACCAACAUCAUCAGCCAGAGCACACUAUGAAUGCGUCUCCAGGACUUUUGGUGGAUUUCAUUGCACUUCGUAUCAUCAUUGUCCGAGCAGAGCGAUAUCUUUCAUACUACCCUGGCUGCUGGCUGGAUAUCUUCAACAUCGUGAAGCGUUACUUUUCGGUCCAUGCCCAUUUGACGAGCUCUCUCUUGGGACAAGUUACCAUGAAACAUGGCCACCAAACUAGCCAUGGUGGCUCUGGCCCAUCCUCGCCCAGCAUUGCCACUCCCUUUCCUGCGACUCCACGUCUGGAUGGUCCCCGCACACCCGAUGUGAGGCACACGGGAGGCGGACUAUCUCCAUUCCCAGGGUUUUUCCGUUCCACAAGCGACAUAAUACCUGUCUUAGGUCCCAACGUCGCUAAAGAAAAUGUCCCCGCAACUGCUCUUGGAUAUCUACUUUGGACAUUUGCAGAGACGAUCCUUUUCAGUCGCGUACCUCUUAUGAUCAUGAUGCGUCCUUUUCUUAUGGAUCAACUUCGCCUGAUGAAGGAUCACCAGUCCCAGGCACUGUCAGCGCGUCUCGGUCGAUCAACUAAUAGCUCGGGACCAAAUUUCCCAGCAUUUUAUUGGCCUUCUCCCGCAGCUCCUCCUUCAGGCAACUCUGCAUCUGGAGGGUCAUCGCCGUGGAUGUCGCCAUUGCAUCUCAGAGGCGAUGGUGGAACAAACGAAGGUUUUCAUGGCCGAGACUCCGAGAUUGUCGGGCAACAGCAGCGGGCGGAUCGCCGGAAGCAGUGGAAAAGCUGGAGCAAACCCACUCAUACCAUGAGUGCGUUCACAGCGAUCGAGAGACCGCUUCAGGGCCUUGCAACGUCCAUGUCGCCUCACUUGUACUCCGCAGAACACCAGCAUCAGCACAGCUUCAUGUCUGAGACCUCUGAACAAGGCGGCAAUGUGAACGCCACGAUGCCCAAGACUCCUCGAACUCAAUUGCGUGGCCAUGGCAGGCAUCAUAAAACAGAGUCUGAAGCAAAGAAUGCUGAGGAUACUCUGCCAAAAGUCCUUGUCGACCGUGCCAACAGAUCUCUAGCUCACGUCAGGGCAAUGCUCAAUACAUCCUCAGAUGGGAUGACGAUGGCUACGGAGUGUGGAGUGCCCAUGUAUCCGGAAAAGAGGACGGCAUUGGUAUCGACUGGCCUGUCGCCGUCUAUGGCUCGGUACACCGAUCGACGGGACUCGUCUCAGUUUCCCAACGUAGGUUCCAGCCACAACAACGAACAUCAGUUUCUACAACCAGGAAAAUACGAGAGACAGCCUGUCAGCCCCGGAUUCGGAUCUAUGUUUUUGGCCAGAGAGGCUGCGCUCAAGGCGCCAGCGCUGCCAUUGCCGGACUCAGCAAUACAGAGUCCAUCAGCAGCCCAACAUUCGAUGACGUUAACUGUACCCGGGACCACUCCGGAAACCAACAGUAGACCCACCUUGAACGUCAUUACGAGCAGUAUGGGCGUAUCCUCGCCCUGGAGCAGUUCGGAAAAUGCGAGUGGCGGACGCAGCUUUAUUCUUGGCAACCCUCCGACUGCGCUAAACCAGCAGGCUGGGGAGCCAUCCUCUCCAGCAUCGGCUAUCCUGACAGCAGUCGGCAUCCCCUGCAUGCCAGUCAAGAAGAAUCGCAGCAUUCUAAAGCCAAGGAUUAUCACGACCGCACCGCCAAAAGCAGAUCCUAGUCCGCAACUUCAGGCGUCAGCCGAGCUACCAUCAGCCUCUGUCCAAAGUCCGAAUCCUCAUACACAGCACAAUGUGCAUCUAAUUAGGCGCAUGGAUAGUCGGAACACUGAAGACGGAGUCAGUUUGGUGAGCGGAGGGAUAGCUCUUGGUAGGCGGCCGAGUAUUUCGUCCGAGGAGCAGGAAAAUUACAGGGUGGCGUGCAUUCAUGCAAGGACUAAGAUAUUUAUUCAGAACAUUGAAGAGGAGACACGGAUCGUUCUGGCUUGCUUCCCUUCGGUAUUUUCGAUCGGUUAUGCACCGCCUCCAUCUGCUACUGCUGCUGCCUCAGGUAGUGUAGCAACAGCUGCUAUCCCGGUCGUCCCGCCAACCGAGAUGGCUGCUGUCACCGAUGAAUACCAACCUACGCAGCAUGAUGGACACCAGACGGAAGGAGCCUCUGAAGUCCAGCCAAAUAAUCAAGCCCGUGUCAGCACAUCGAGUCUGACGGUUCCCAGUCGAACAACCCCUUCAAUUACCAUCCAGGAUCAAUCUUAUCUCGCUCCAUCUCCCAUCCAUCCACUUCCAUCGGCGCUGGAUGGCGGGGAGCAUCUGUUCCGGACGAGUGCGCAUCGUCCAGAAUCCGAAGAUGUUUCCCCUUACAGGGUUGGGUCAUCUCCACACAACGUUGCUAAGGAACGACGGUCCAAGAGUGUGAUUUUCCAGCGGCUACCUUCCAUGGAUAACACCGCCGGUGUUGGCAGUAGCACUAAUAAUGUUCCUAUCUCAACCACUUACCCAGCUGCGCUGGUUGCUUCAGAGGGAAGACGUUCGCCCGCUCGUAUGAGCACGCCCCCAAUCCUAUCCAUCACGCUCUCUUCGCCUCCCCCGCAGCUGACGUCUACAGUAUCGGCAGUAUCGUUGAGUCCAUCCUUGUUAUCAUCAACUUCUGGGCUCAGUGGAUCUUCGACAAACCAAGGUGCGAGCCGGACUCUGGGCUAUUCAUCGAUCAGCAUCAGUCCUGUGGCAACUGUGGAAGAAGAUGAAGAGGAAAAAGAAGAAAAAGAAGAGGAAAAAGAAGAGGAACUCGAUUCAAGUUCCUCUGCGCCUGUUCAAAUGACUCUGCCGUACAAGAGUCGGUCGAGCAACGCUCCAGACAGCCAACCAUCCGCCAUAGUGGGACUGGGACUCAAUGUCGAUGCAGGAACCGAGGGCAGCCAAAAAAGAAAUAUCCCUUGAAGAAUCAAGCAAGGGUCCAUUAAUCAAUUAAUUACUUAAUUCAUUCACUCAUUCAUUCACUCAUUCAUUCCUGUACACGAAUUCAAUAUAGAGACAGUCAUGACCAUGUACUUUAUUUGCUAAUGAAACCAUCACUCCAGAUCGACAAAGCAAGUUUCAUACCCCUAAUCCGAAGAUGAAUUUGCUUUUCGAAUACAAAAGCGCAUUCACUUGGUCAUACAAGCAAC